AUGUCCAAAUCCGUCCGCCAGGUCAUCCACAGCGACAAGGCCCCCGCCGCCAUCGGGCCCUACAGCCAAGCCAUCCGCGCCGGCAACACGCUCUACCUGUCCGGGUCGCUGGGCAUCAAGCCCGAGUCGGGGGAACUCGAGAAGGGCAUCAAGGACCAGACGCACCAGAGCCUCCGCAACAUUGGCGAGGUGCUGAAAGCGGCCGGCGCCGGAUAUGAGAAUGUGGUGAAGAUGACGGUGCUGCUGGCCGACAUCAACGACUUUGCGACGGUGAACGAGAUCUACAAGGAGUACUUCAAGGGCGACUACCCCGCACGUUCCGCGUAUCAGGUGGCCGUCCUGCCGAAGCAGGCCCUCGUCGAGAUCGAGGCGAUCGCCGUCGUCGAG